AUGUUGUCGCUUCGAACGGUGCUUGUGAGAAGCCUGAGGAGGACGUUUCUGGUGACGCCCAAGGUGCUUAAUGCCAACAACAAUAAUGAAAGUGAAGCCUUGCCUUCUACGCCAGAAAUGAAGUCUCUGGAGACAUGGUCAGAGUCCAGCAAGGCCGACUCUUCUAUCACGAAAACCGUGGUUGGAAUGGCUAGAAAUAUCCAGGAGACAAGCAGACCGCCAUUGGAAAUCGACAAAAAGUUUGCAAAGAGGUUUGACUUUGGCUCUGUGUACGAUCCAUUCGACUUUACUCUUGAUAAGCGUCAUAUCGAGAAUAAGAUGCGUGAUCUGAAGAAACCAUCCAUUUUGAAUUACGAUAAUGGUGCCCACGACCCGUUUGUCCGUGCUGGUAUCAGCCCUCUUGACUUGUAUAUGAUGCCUGAGGUGUUGUCUCGGUUCGUGUCGCCAGUGGGCCACAUUUACCCAAGAGAAAAGACCAGAUGCAACCCUACCAACCAAAAGAAACUCAGCAUAGCCAUUAAGAGGGCUCGCUCGCUUGGCCUCUUGUCUCCACAGCACAAGCACAACCGCUUUACGCCAUUCCGUAUUAUACAAUUGGCCGCCAGAAACACCACCAAGUCCAUCAGAGCCUUCUCGAUCUCCAGAAGAGCCAUGGUCGAUGGUCCAAGCAAGUCUGACUCGUUCAAGGAGAGAGAGUCUGCCCAGGAAGGUGCCUACAUCAAGAAGCACGAAGCUGAGCAGAUAAAGAAGUUGAGAGAGAGAUUGGAGGAGCAGAAGAAGGUUGUCGACAAGCUCGAGCAGGAUAUUAAGAACAUCAAGAACUAA